AUGGCGCGUUCUCCUCUAGCGUCAUCACUUGUGACGGCACUGCUUGUAACCGCGCUAUUCGCGUCAUGCGCACAGGCUAGACUCGUCUCCUACGGACUGCUCGGAAAUCGCAUCCCGAACCGACCGGGACAAGUCACCUGCACGAUCACUAGCACCGUGUCCGACCUGAAUUCCGCGCUGCAAGCGCAAGUCGUUUCACUAGAGGGAACUCUGACGCAAUCGCUCGACAAGCUCGCGACCGCGGGCUCGUCAUACGCGGUGGCGUACGAGCUGGUGGCGACGGGCAUGGCGGAGGCACCGCAGGCGGCGGCCAUCUACAGCGGCAACAGCACGUGCGGCCAGGCAGCCCCACCCGUGGCGCUGCAGCUGCCCGGCACGUGGCAGCUGCUGAGCUCCGUGUCGUGGUCGCUGGCCAGUGUGCUCACUGUCGCGCCGGCGGACCUGGCGCCCGUGCUCAGCGCCAUCCAGGCGGGCGCCAAUGGGCAGCUCUCCAUUGGCUUUGCCAGCACCAGCAGCAGCUUGUCGGGCAAGCUGAUUGGUGGCAGGCUUUGA